AUGGCCGCCUCCGCCUCCGCCUCCACCGUCUCCGGCCUCGCCGGCGCCUCCCUGGCCAGCCGGCCGGCUUUCUCCACCAGCUUCGCGAGGGGCAGCCGGGUGUCGGCGAGGAACCCGCUGAUGACCAGGAACCUGGAGAGGAACGGCAGGAUCACCUGCAUGACGUUUCCCCGGGACUGGCUGCGGAGGGACCUGGGCAUCAUCGGCUACGGGCUCAUCGGCUGGAUCGGCCCGUCCAGCGUCCCGGCCAUCAACGGCAACAGCCUCACGGGGCUCUUCUUCUCCAGCAUCGGCGAGGAGCUGGCCCACUUCCCCACGCCGCCGCCCGUCACCUCCCAGUUCUGGCUGUGGCUAGUGACGUGGCACCUGGGGCUCUUCAUCGUGCUCACCUUCGGCCAGAUCGGAUUCAAGGGCAGGACAGAGGACUACUUCGAGAAGUGA